UAAAAAUGACUGAGGAAGAAUAUGAUUAUAUGUCGGAUGAUUUUUUGAAUAAAUGCACAGAACAGACUGGAUCUUCUAAGCCUGGUCUCAUUAAAACUUACGAUGGAAAAAGAGAGCAUGAGAAGUGGAAGAAGAGGGAGCUGGUUCUGGAGGAGCAGAGACUGAACAAGAGAAUCAAGAAGUCAUUAAAGGAGAAGGAGCAGGAGAACAGGGAGGAGGGGAUGCAGAAAGUCCUGGACAGCAGUAACAAGGGGUUUGCAAUGCUAGCAAAAAUGGGGUAUACGCCGGGAACUAGCUUGGGAAAGGAUGGAACAGGAAGAAAGGAUCCGGUUCCUAUUCAGAUUAAAGAGGGUCGAGGAGGGUUGGGUAGGGAGGAGGCUGUAAAACAGCUUCUAAGGAAGAAACAAAUGAUAAUGGAGAAAAGAGCUAAAGAUCUGGUUUCUGAGUUUGAUCCUGCUGCUUUCAGGGCUAAAAUGCGGGAGAAACACAUGUUGAAGAGGUCCGAGGCUGACUUAUCUAAAGCACAGAAGUCCUGUAGACAACUUGACCUCGGUAAAGAGUUUAUUGAACCAAUGGAAUCUUGGUUUUGGCCGAAGGAACGACGACAAAGACUUCUGGACGAAGAUGCGGAGAAUGAGGAGGACGAAGAGGAGGAGGAGGAGGAGGUUAUGUUCAGUAUCGAGGAGCAGCUGGAGAUGGUGGUGGAGUACCUGAGAACCGAGCAUACAUACUGCACGUUUUGUGGGAUUAGUUUCUAUAAUGAACAAGAUAUGAACCACAGCUGUCCAGGCCCUGGUAGAGAUGAUCAUGAUAAUAUUUAGAAAUAAAGGAGUUAGAAUAUAUAUUUUUAUACUCAACUUAGUAUAAUUAUCGUUAAUAAUUUAAUAAUACAUCAGUAUUCAGGAGAAAUUACUUACUUGAUACUUUAAUUUGGAUAAUUCCUAUUUUUUUUUCUGCAGGAGAAAUUCGCAAGUUAAUUUUGUAGAGAAACCAUAUUUGAAAAUAAUCUGUUAAUAAAAUUAUAAACGUUAGAAUCUAAUUCAUACUUAAUGGGACAAAUCUUUCAAGGGUACGGAUGUUAAUCGGGCAGCUUUUCAUCUGUCCAUCAGAUAGUAUGUCUCAAAAAUAUAUAUUCCCGCAUACAGUCGACAUUUCUUAUUUUAAAGAUAAUCUUAUAAAUCAGUAGGUCUCACACGUAUUCCCUUUCUAAUAUAGAUUCUAAAUAUGUUUUAUUACUUUUGUUAUACUUAUUUAUUUCAGA